UAUGUUCAUAAACAUACGUUUAUGUAGCUCAAUAAUGCAAAUCUAAAUGUAUUUGUUCUUUCAUUUUGGCAGAAAACAGUACUGCCUGGAUUAUCUGAUCAUGCAACAAGAUAUUCAAAGCAUUUUAUUAUGAAAAAAAAAUUCAAAAAAUUCAUUUCACUUCUCAUUUUAAGCAAGUUUUCGAAUCAAAUCUAAAUGCACAGGAAUGGUGUAACUAUAUCGUGAGGUUAUAAUCAUAUAGUGACAGUAGCCCUCUGAGAGCAGCCAUAACUGCGAUGAAAACGUGUUUUACAACCCUGGUUUAGAAAGAAUCAUCCACGAUAUGGACAGACAUAGAACAUCCAUUAAUCUUCUAUGCGCAGUUAAAGCAUAACAUUAGUUUCACUUGCUAUUUUAGAAGUUACCAGUAGAGUGCAGCACUGAUCACUACUGCCUACAAUUGAAGCCCAUUGAAACGGCAAAGAAGAAUAUCGUCUAACAAGGAAGUCAAUAAAUCCAAAAGCUACCUUCGCUGGCUUCCUUUUGUUUUGUUUGUAUUUUGUUUCUUUUUUUAUCGCGAUCGUAAUUGUUUUUACAAGGGCGGAGAGUUGGGUGACAUAACAAGUGGUGGGUAGUAUUACUCGUUCGUAUUUACUGAGUUUUUGUCUAACCGCCGGCGCGAUUUGACGUUAGCUGCGUAGGCUAAUAACAGCUAACAGGCCUGAAGGCCAUCUGCUCGUUGUUUGUCGGCUUGUCAGCAUUGUGUUGUCCCUUUAAACUGACAUAGCAAGGGUCCAGACUUUUGUGAUCUAAAUAUUGAGGUUGCUGCUUACAAACUACGUAUUUGGUUUCGCUGGGGGUGGCCCUAGCACCGAAGCGUUCACGCCACUUGGAAUUAGUCAAAAUAAUCCAACUUCCUAAAAGGACUGAAAGACGAGGAUGUAUGCCCCGCCGGGUUCUGCCGCUCCUGGAAGCCGGAGAAGGAGAGGAGGCACCCCAUUGCCCAAGCAACCAGAGCGGAGUCUGGUCUCAGCUCUGCCCGGAGCCUUGUCAAUUACUGCCUUGUGCACAGCUCUGGCUGAACCAGCCUGGCUCAAGGUUCAUGGAGGCACCUGUCCCAGACAAGAGCUUGGGGUGGCGGAUGUUUUGGGCUAUAUCGACCCCAAACUUCUGGACGAUUACUGUGUGAACCCGCAGACCAUCUUGUUGCUCAGAGUGAUCGCUGCCUUCUGUUUCCUGGGCAUCUUCUGCAGCCUGACUGCAUUCCUCCUGGAUGUGUUUGGACCCAAGUACCCUGCCCUCAAGAUCACACGAAGAUAUGCCUUUGCACACAUCCUCACAGUGCUGCAGUGUGCCACCGUCAUAGGCUUCUGCUACUGGGCUUCAGAGCUGGUCUUGUCGCUGCAGCAGCAACACAAAAAGCAUCAUGGCUCCCUCGUGUAUGUCACCUUCGCCAUAAGUUUCUACCUGGUGGCGGGGGCCGGCGGAGCCUCCAUUCUUGCCACGGCCGCCAACCUCCUGCGACACUACCCCACCGAGGAAGAGGAGCAGGCUUUAGAACUGCUAUCUGAGAUGGAGGACAGCAGCGAAACAUUUCCUGCUGAUUAUGACAUUGCCAACCAGUUUCAGCCGCCGCCCGCGUACACACCCUGACAGGCCUCGCUGGUAUCACUUUGCUAGAGGAGCCAACAUGCUCGCAGUCACAUGGAUAUCUUUGCAAACACUUUCCAUAGUUGAACACGGCGUGCACGGCAAGUGCACAUACGCCAUGACUGACAAGCGCUUCAGUGCAUGAGAGCUAAGAAAUAUGGGUCACUGAUGGUGUUGAUUUGCAUGUAAAUGGCUUGUAGGAAUUGCUUCUCUAUCUAAAGCAAAAAUGCUCAACAUGGCUGAUGAAUUAAUUGAUUAAGCAGCCUGAUCAAUGGUGAUUAUUAUUGAAGCCGACGUGGCUCGAUUUGCCCCCCCCCCCCUCGUAGGUCAUGGGCGGAGCUUUGCAAUGUUUUUAACAUAGAUGUGCUUAUGUUGCUGAUACAUCAAAAGUGCAGAAAAAUCCAGAGAUUGCUUUUAUAUAUAAUAUCAAACAGCCCUGUAUUUAUUGAUUACUUCACUUGUCCUGUUGCUGAUUGGUGAUGACAUCAGUGGUUGUGAAAAUGACGCACCACGCAGAAGAUAAAGAAUGUGUAUGGCAGUGAAAGUAACAUUCAGAUUCAACAGAAACCUCACUUCUUCAGUUAGUCUUGUCAUGUCUUUGUAUAGCAUUUUUUUUCAAAACUUUAUUUGUACCCUGUGACCCAGUAGUGUUUCAAUGCAUGUGAAAUAUUUUCAAACCUUCUGCCAUUGUUACCAGAUGGAUUCAAAUUGUGAUUAGUGUGGUGAUUUGUAGUUGGUUGUGUGCUCUUAUGUUUACACUAUUUCUGCUUUUUAUUCAUACAUUUUGAUUUAUAUGUUCAUCUUUAUGUAAAUAUUGUCAAUACAUUUAAAAGGUGUUGAAAAUAAAACAUGCCCUUUGUCA